AUGACCGACAUAUCUUCUCUCCUGGUUCAGCCUCCUCCCUCCUGGCCUGAGAAGUACUCGGGAAUCCCCGCGCGUUUGGCUGACAUCGGCAAUCAGACGCGAGAGAAGAUCUAUGCCGGACGUUCUCUCCCGCGCGUCGCUCCGCGCAAGCAAGGCGAAGAGCUGCCAGUUUUGCCCCCAGAUAUUACAAGGGAGCGGUUCAACGAAGCUGUCGCAGAGCUGAGGAAAGAGAUCGGGGAGGCGAAUGUUGAGUUGAAUGAUAAACCACUAGUUGAUGGAUGGUAUAUGGAACAUCCAAACACCCACGACGCCUUCCACAUCUUGGAACAAGAUGACACCGUCUCCUCUGCCACGAUAUACCCGGGAUCAACCGAGGAAGUCCAGACCACAGUUCGCUGGGCAAACAAGUACCUCAUCCCCAUCUACCCGAUCUCGAUGGGCCGUAAUCUCGGGUACGGCGGUGCAGCUCCACGUAUCCGGGGUGCUAUGGUCCUCGACCUUGGCAAACGGAUGAACAAGGUGCUCAAGAUCGACCCUGACAACUGCUCAUGCCUUGUCGAGCCUGGUGUCAGUUACUUUGCAUUGUAUGAAGCGGUGCAAGCGACGGGCUACCCGUUGUGGAUCGACACGCCCGAUUUGGGCGGCGGCAGCGUACUUGGCAAUGCGGUGGAUCGUGGGGUGGGAUAUACCCCGUAUGGUGACCACUUUGGAUGUCACUGCGGGAUGGAAGUUGUCCUCCCUACGGGAGAGGUCGUGAGGACUGGAAUGGGCGCGUUACCUGGAAAGGACGGUGAGGACAACCCGUGCUGGCAGUCCUUCCAGUAUGGAUACGGGCCGUACAAUGAUGGCAUCUUCACCCAGAGCAACUUUGGCAUCGUCACUAAGAUGGGCUUCUGGCUGAUGCCCGCGACGGAACAUACGAGUUACUUGAUCACCUUCCGUGACGAGGACCAAUACCCACAGAUCAUGCAGACCAUCCGCCCGCUAGCGAUCAACAAAGUCCUAGGAAACGUCCCUCAGCUACGACACGUGAUCCAGGAGCUGGCCGUCACCGGAAAACCGAAGUCGCACUUCUACGACGGCGAGGGCCCGAUCCCUAGAGAAGUGAUCCGCAAGUGGGCCAAGGACAUGCCGUGCGGAGAUUGUUCUUGGGUGUUCUACGGUACCGUUUAUGGGCCGGACGACUUCCGCAAGGGUCAGCUGGACAUCAUCCGCCGCGAGUUUGGCAAGAUCGAGGGGAGCAGGCUCAUGCUCCCCGAGAAACUACCGCAGGAUCACUACUUGCAUAGCAGGGUGAGCGUGUGCAGCGGUGUGCCUGUGCUGAGGGAACUGGAUUGGCUCAACUGGUUGCCGAACGGCGCUCAUUUGUUUUUUGCCCCAAUCGCCCCGACAUCAGGCGAGGAUGUGAAGAAACUGUUUGAGCUGUGCAGGAAGAGACACGAGGAGUAUGGCAUCGACUUGUUCCCUACUCUCUGCGUCGCCUCGCGCGAGUCGCACGUCAUCGUCAAUCUUGUAUAUGAUCGUUCCUCCCCCGCUUCCAAAAAAGCAGCAUACGACUGCCUGCGUGCGAUGAUUUCCGACGCGGCAGCAGGAGGCUACGGAGAGUACCGAACGCACAUCUUGUUCGCGGACCAAGUGGCCAACACCUACAAUUGGGGCGGAGGGGCGCUCAUGAAGCUCAACGAGACGCUCAAGGAUGCGCUUGACCCGAAUGGAAUUCUCGCUCCAGGGAGAAACGGAAUUUGGCCUGAGAGGUACAGGGGGAAAGGGUAUGAGAUCUUCCCCGGUGACCAGAGGACCAGCUCGCUUCCUCCGCAUAUCAACGCCUAA